AAUUAGUGCAAUCCCGUGCGACGGCCACACUAGCGCGAACGACCAAAAUUUUCGCUGUCCCUUGCGAUUAUUUGUAACAAUCUUUGCUUAAAAAGCAAAUAGAGGAAAUUAUAGCAUAAUACACGCCAUGGCCUGCAACGCUAGCAAGACGUCGCUCCUGCGUGCCAUCGCCAAACGAGGCUAUGCCACCUGCCCGCGACCCGUCGGCGACUUGUCCGCCGUGAAUGUGAAGGUUCUGGAGAACAAACUGGUGGUGGCCACCGCCGAUGCAACUCUUCCCGUUUCGCGCGUGUCUCUUGUACUGGGAGCUGGAUCCCGCAACGAGGCUUACGACACCCAGGGCGCUUCGCACUUGCUCCGCUUGGCCGGAGGGCUGAGCACCCAGAACUCCUCCGCCUUCGCCAUUGCCCGCAACAUCCAGCAGGUUGGUGGCACCUUGACCACAUGGGGCGACCGUGAGAUCGUCGGCUACACAGUGACCACCACUGCAGACAACGCAGAGACUGGCUUGCGCUAUCUGCAAGACCUGCUGCAGCCUGCCUUCAAGCCCUGGGAGCUGGUCGAUAACGCUAAAACGGUGGUCAACCAGUUGAACGCCGUAUCUACGGAGCAACGCGCUAUUGAGUUGGUGCACAAGGCCGCUUUCCGCAACGGUUUGGGUAACUCGAUCUACUCACCCCGAUUCCAGCUGGGCAAGCUUUCCUCUGAAAGUCUUCUGCACUACGUAGCCCAGACCUUCGCAGCCGGCCGUGCUGCCGUCGUGGGCGUGGGCAUCGACAACAACACUCUGGCGGGCUUCGCGCAAACCCUGCAGUUCCCCAGCGGCGGCGGUAAGGCUGCCUCCGCAAACUGGUAUGGAGGAGAUGCCCGAAAGGACACCACCGGUCAUCGUGCCGUCGUUGCAGUGGCUGGCCAGGGCGGUGCCGCUUCGAACCAUAAGGAGGCUCUAGCCUUUGCCAUUCUCGAGCAGGCUGUCGGUGCCAAGGCGGCCACCAAGCGCGGCAACUCAGCUGGACUCUUCGGCGAGGCCGUCAACUGCGCCGGCGGAGCGGGUGCCUCUGUUAAGUCUCUGAACGCCAGCUAUUCGGAUGCCGGACUUUUCGGUUUCGUUGUCUCUGCCGAUGCCAAGGAUAUUGGCAAGACCGUGGAGUUCCUGGUGCGUGGCCUGAAGUCCGCUUCUGUUUCCGAAAAGGAUGUUGCCCGCGGCAAGGCUCUGCUGAAGGCACGCAUCAUCUCGCGAUACUCGUCGGACAGUGGUUUGAUCAAGGAGAUCGGUCGCCAGGCGGCACUCACACGGAACGUGCUGGAGGCGGACGCUUUGCUUAGCGCCAUCGAUGGCAUCUCGCAGUCGCAGGUCCAGGAGGCAGCCAAGAAGGCGGGUAGCUCUAAGCUGGCCGUUGGAGCUAUCGGCCACCUUGCUGGCGUCCCAUAUGCGUCCGAUUUGGCUUAAGUAGAUAAACACCUGUACAUCUGUUAACCGUAAAGUAACGACUAAAUAAACCUGUUGAAGGGAACGAUCCGCGAACGUA